AGCAAAAGGGGGAAGGAGUGAAAUCACUUAACCUCUGACCAAGUUUCAAGGCAAGGGAGGGUUAUAAAAGGAAGAGCCGGCCUCCGAAGGAGCUGCCUUCUCUUCUCAUCUCUCCGAAGAACGCAUCGCCAUUAUGAGCUUCAACGGAAAGUUCGAGCUCCAAACCCAUGAGAAUUUUGAGCCCUUCAUGAAAGCCAUUGGUAAGCUGGUCAAAUGAGGUGGUUAAAUUGUGCUCCCUGCCUUGCCAUGGUCUUCAUUUUUGUCUUUUAAAAAGGGAUUUGAAAUCCAACAGUAAGCAGUAAAGAAUUAAAAAAUAAUUAUGGCGCUUUUGUCUCAAAUGUAAUUUGUGUAGAUGGGAUUUUUAUGAUCACAUGUUGUCCUUUUUAUGUUCCUUACUUUCCUGCUGGUAUUAAAAUGAACGAAUAUGUCUUUUGGUCUCAUACAAAGCAUAGUGACAAUAACCUGCCUUAAAAUUUGUGGCAAUCUUCAUGUCACAAGAGCAGAAUUAACCUGAUGUACUAUCCAAUUCUAAGCCGUGAAGAGGUUGUGUCUGAUAGAGUGUAGUAGCUAAGCGUAUUUUCAAAAAGGAGGGUUGUAACAGGUCUCACCUCAGUCAGAUUUCUAACGUGAAUAUAAAAUCUACAUUCUCCCAGACUGUUCACUUUGCAUUACAAAAAUGUAUCUCCAUAGCUUUUUCUUUCAUUUGAACAACUACCUGAAAGACUCUCAAACAAUGUAAUCCUAUCUGUGUGACUUAGAAGUGAGUGGUAUUGUGAUUCAAAGUACCUAAGUGGGCAUAGGAUUGCAACCUUCAUGUGGAAAUGUUCUGAGAGUUUGAGAGCUGUGAAGUCCCCAUCCCCAUUUCUAUUAUUAUUAUUUUAUUAUUAUUUAUUUUAUAUACUGUCUUUAUCAAAAGAUCUCAGGGCCGUAGGGUUAUUUAAUGAUCUACAGUGGUACCUCGGGUUAAGUACUUAAUUAGUUUUGGAGGUCUGUUCUUAACCUGAAACUGUUCUUAACCUGAAGCACCACUUUAGCUAAUGGGGCCUCCUGCUGCUGCCACGCCGCCGCCGCACGAUUUCUGUUCUCAUCCUGAAGCAAAGUUCUUAACCUGAAGCACUAUUUCUGGGUUAGCGGAGUCUGUAACCUGAAGCGUCUGUAACCUGAGGUACCCCUGUAUUACGUCAUUGCAUAUGACUGUUGGUUUCCUUCUGCCCAGGCCUUUCCGAUGAGAUGAUUGAAAAGGGCAAGGACCUCAAGAGCAUCUCUGAAAUUGUUCAGAAUGGCAAGAAGUUCAAGGUCACCGUGACAACCGGAAGCAAGGUGUUGACUAACGAGUUUACAAUCGGAGAGGAGGCUGAGCUGCAGACGCCAACAGGAGAGAGGGUCAAGGUAGAGUCUUCUCCAUCUAUAUAUGGCAGGGAACCUAUGGCCCUCCAGAUCUUGCUGAAUGACAGGUCCCAUUGGCCAGGCUUGCAGUGGCUGAUGGGAGUUGUAGUUCAUCAGUGUCUGGGGGAUCAAAGGUUCCCUACACCUGAUACAGGGCUGGCUUCCUUUGAACAGGAAGCUAGUUUCUAAUGAGAACAAUCAGAUCCCGCCUACAAACGUACGCAAACUCUAUCUUCCCCAUAUACUAUGGCUACCAGAUUUUUUUCAAUGAAUCCGGGGACACUUUUGAAGCUGAGGAGCAACAGGGAGUCAGUACAGUGGUACCUCGGGUUAAGUACUUAAUUCGUUCUGGAGGUCCGUACUUAACCUGAAACUGUUCUUAACCUGAAGCACCACUUUAACUAAUGGGGCCUCCUGCUGCAGCUGCGCCACCAGAGCAUGAUUUCUGUUCUCAUCCUGAAGCAAAGUUCUUAACCCGAGGUACUAUUUCUGGGUUAGCGGAGUCUGUAACCUGAAGCGUAUGUAACCCGAGGUACCACUGUAGUGGUGAUAGUGAGGCAAAAGACCCUGGGCCCAAGCACACAUGCAUAUUGUAUAAAGGUGCAAAGCCCUUCUUUCGCACCCUGUGAAACAUAAAUGUACAGAGUUUUUAAGAAACUGGGCAAGGGCUGGCCGCCCGCCACUCCUGAGCCUCCCCCGAUCAGUCAAAACAAAGGGGGAAGGGGGCAGGAGAUCACACAAGACACAUCAUAUGCACACAAGACACAUCAUAUGGGGACUUCCGGUGAGGAAAAAUGGCGGGCGCCACGGCAGCGAGCAGCUCCUGAAGCCAGCCAGAGACAACUGCGCUACCAGGCUGGCUCCGGGCUGCUGAGGCUGCCACCGCCAUGUUUCCCAGGGACAAAUGUGCAAAUCUGGGGACAUUCCGGGGACGGAAUUUGUUCGGGGACAGAUUUGCAAAUCCGGGGACUGUCCCCAGGAACUGGGGACGUCUGGUAACCAUAUCAUAUACAGCAGCCUCAAAAGAAAUAUUAUGAAGCAGGCAAAAGCAUUUUUUUCCCAGGGAAUGUAUGUGGGAAGACCACAUUCUUUGAUCAUAUACAUGCAUAUUUCUCACUUAAUGAAAACAGAGAGGUGUAACAUAUUUCACAGAGCCAUACUGACACAUUGCCAUAGAUCAGUGUUUCCCAAACUUGGGUCUCCAGCUGUUUCCCCCCCCCCAAAAAAAAUUUUUUUUAAUUAAAUUUUUCACAAUUAUAACAAAUACAACAUAACAAAAAAGAAAAACAGAAACAGAAAAACAUAUCAAAGAGAAAACAAUACAAUACAAUACUAAAAAAAGAACCAAAACCACAACAAUAAAAAAGUAAUCUUAAUCCCAUAUCCCUUGAAAACCCAAUUUUGUUUACACUGUUAAUUGACUUCCUCAAAUCCCUCCCUUCUGAGUUUCCUUGUAUCUGCAUGUAGCAGCUUUCCAAUAUCAUUCUUAAACAAAAAUAUUUCCAACUAUUAUCUAUCUUAUUCACUUUUCUUACUGUUCUAAAUCCCAUUUAUUUAAUUAAAUCCUAAUUUCAUCCUAGGCCUGUUUGGUACUUUCAAGUGACUCCUAAUUAUUUAUAUUUCCAGCUGUUUUUGGACUGUAACUCCCAUCAUCCCUGGCUGGUCAGGGAUAAUGGGAAUCGUAAUCCAAAAGCAGCUGGAGACCCAAGUUUGGGGGAAACUGCCAUAGAUCAUAAUAAAAAGGCAAGCUCACUGGGCACCUCUCAAAUGUGUGGAGGAAAACUUGGGCUUAUGAACAUGUUGACAAGGUACAUGAAAAAGUCAGCGCUUGAACUGGAACCCAAUCGUGGCUGCUUUUCUUCUCCCACAGGCCGUUGUUGAAAUGGAAGGAGACAACAAGAUGGUUGUGAACCUGAAGAGCAUCAAGUCUGUCACUGAAAUAAACGGGGACACCAUCACUAAUGUAAGUCCACCUAGAAUGGGGAUGUCAAACUUGAGGCCUCCAUUGCAGCCUGGACCACCACUGCAAUAUUUUAGCCUAACUGCUCCAUUUUCAGAGGGCCUUGGAAGUUAAGGCCUCUAGAACAGGAGGAGACAAUUUAGUGUCCUCCAAAUGUUGUUGAACAACUCCCAUCAGUCCCAGCUGUCAUGGACUGGGAGAGGAACCAGCUGGAGAACCACCAAAAGAAGACGACUCAAAGCCCAGGGAGUGGUGGUGGGACAAUGAUGAGUAGUCAGAGGGAGAAGACUGGAAGAGGAGGUGGCAGAAGCUGAAAAGGUUACAGGGCUUAGAAAGGUGGGAGAGACAGUGGCCGUGCUGGGCCUGGGGGUUAACCCGAGCAACGCGGUCCAGGUCCGGUCCCAAAUCCAAGGGUUCCGUGAGGAGUGAGUCUGACAGGGCCAAGGCAGGAAACCAGGCAAGGUCAGGCACAGGGUCUCAGGCAGGUGCUGGCAAACAGCAAAGUUGCUCCCACAACCUGGGGUCCGACAGACUUUUCUCUUUGAUGGGGUAACGGCCAGUCCUGAUCCCCUGGUGACUCACCUCCCUGUCUUGCCCAAAGAUGAGCACUCCUCCUGCAAGUACUCAGGUCUCUCCUUCUCUCAGACCUUACUCUCUGCAGCUCGGGAGACGUUGGUGGGUUACUAGACCCAGAGGCCACCUCAGUUUCUCCUGACCCAACUGGUAGUGGAGCAGCUGUAAGUGAUGGCCCAGCUAAAGGCAAUGAGGUAAUCCUCACAUCUGGAGCCAGGGCAGGCUCAGGCCCCUGACUCGGCCCAGCUGAUGCUUGUUGCAGGGGGACCUGUGCAGACUGGGGCUCUUCAGAAUCAGGCCCCAGACUAGGUUCAGAUGCCACCUGAGGCAAAGGAUCCGGUGCGGACUGAGACUUCUCUGGCUCCAAGUCCGAGCCCGAGUCCCAGGCCAUCACAGUGGCACAGGUAAGUCCAGAACCAGAGGCAGAAACCGAAGAAGGCAAGGAGAGAGGAAGGAGGCCAAGAUGCAGAGAUGAGUUAGGCCAGUGAAGAGUCACGGGUGUCUCCCCCUCCUGCUGUGACAAGCUCCCCUCCCCCUUGUCUCCCAGAACCAGAAGAGGCAUGAAAAGGGCAGAGAAGUGGUUGGCUGAACGCAGAUGCAGUCUCUGAUAGCUUGGGGAAAACCCUGGAGAGGAGGGGACUUAAGACAGCUGUGGGAAAAUGGGGACUUUCAGUCUCAACAACUGCUUCAUGAGGGCAAGACCUGCCAGAGAAGAUUUACUGUGCUCUUUGGGCCUGACCCUCAGCCAAGUUUGCAGUGCAGAAAUUGUGUUUUGGCUAAUAACUCCAACUCUGAAUGUUGUGAUUACUGAAGGCUCACUCUUUGACGCCAGCCAACAUAGCUAAUGGUCAAGGCUGGUGGGAGUUGUAGUUCCACAAUAUCUGGGGUUCACCACAUAGGCUACCCUGCACCACAGUAUCUAGCAUGUUCCUCAUAUCCAUACUUUUUUCAGUUUCAAUGCAUUGGGUGGUUUGGUUUCAAAUUCAGGUAGAAUGUAAAUAUUUUAAUGUAUGGCAGGGGGCCACAGCCUUUGGGUCAUUUGCUAAGUGGAGAAUUAUAAUAAUUUAUUAUUUAUAUCCUGCCCAUCUGGCUGGGUUUCCCCAGCCACUCUGGGCAGCUUCCAAAAGAAUAUUAAAAUACAAUAGUCUAUUAAACAUUAAAAGCUUCCCUAAACAGGGCUGCCUUCAGAUGUCUUCUAAAAGUCUGGUAGUUAUUUUUCUCUUUGACAUCUAGUGGGAGGGCGUUCCACAGGGCAGGUGCCACUACCGAGAAGGACCUCUGCCUGGUUCCCUGUAACUUGGCUUCUUGCAGUGAGGGAACUGCCAAAAGGCCCUCAGCGCUGGACCUCAGUGUCUGGGCAGAACAAUGGGGGUGGAGACGCUCCUUCAGGUAGACUGGACCAAGAUCAUUUAGGGCUUUAAAGGUCAUCCUGUUUCAAGUUGUACACUCCUGGUGCAGAUGUUUAAGAGAACAGCAUCCCAUCCCAUGAACAAAUCAAGUAUUAGUCAUUCUUGGGAAGGCUAACUUGAAGUUUGAGGUCAUCCUGAAAAACAUUUCUCAUGGUAUUAAUGUAUAUACUUUGAGUAGGAGGCAAAAUCCCCUUAUUGGUUUUUUAUGCCUAUAUUGAUUACAUUUUUAUUUAUUAGGGGAUUUUCAAAAAAGCACUGUCAAUGAUUCUAGAGUGGUUUACAAAAUCUGGGUCAGAUAACAGGGUGUCAGGCAUUGGUUGCAGACAAUAUAUCAGUGAUUGUUACCUUAUUAUAAUUAUUGGUGAUACCGAAUAGAAAUGGGAGUAAUAUUUUGGGGGACCCAUAUAUACCAAAUGUGCAGUAGGCUCAAGACUCUGGGUUCAAGAUUUGCUUGCAUCAUGUAUGCUGGGCACAGGAUCAGUAGCUAUUGGGGAACCAGGGUGCAAGGAAAUUCAAUUCAGUUUGCAUGUCUAGGCAAAACGACCUACCGUAUUUUUUGCUCAAUAAGACGCAACAGACCACAAGACGUGCCUAGUUUUUGGAGGAGGAAAACAAGAAAAAAAAAAUUCCGAAUCUCAGAAGCCAGAACAGCAAGAGGGAUUGCUGUGCAGUGAAAGCAGCAAUCCCUCUUGCUGUUCUGGCUUCUGGGAUAGCUGCGCAGCCUGCAUUCGCUCCAUAAGAUGCACAGACAUUUCCCCUUACUUUUUAGCAGGGGAAAAGUGAGUCUUAUAGAGCAAAAAAUACGGUAAUUCAAGCCUUCCAUAAACAAUCCAUGUACCAGAACACAGUCAUCCUUUGAAAUUCACGCUCCUCUAAGUUUAGCAAUGCAGAUGUGCAGCCAGGUAAUAACUGCAAACAUGGAUAUGCUGCCCUGAUCUCUUUUGGGAGAAAGUAUCAAUGAAAAAAAAUAUUUUUUUUAAAAAAGAAAUUAAAUAUAAAGUGUGGAUGAUUAAAGCUCUUGGUUUUUUUCUUCCCUUUCUAGACGCUGAGCAUGGGUGACAUUCAAUACAAGAGGAUCAGCAAAAGAAUCUAGAUAACUCAGGCAUUUCUGUACUUUUACUGUGUAAAAGUAGUACAAUAAAGUGAAAUGUAUGCAAA